CUUAUACGCCGAUACAUUUCGAAUGGAUGUGGUAUGUUGCUGGGUUUUAUGAUUCGUUUGAUCAUGGUCGAAAUCUAGGGGCUGAAGCUACGUUUCUCGGACCUGUUGAUGAUGCCGCGUUCUCCAUUUAUUUCAAAUGAGGAAACCCGUGGCCGAAGCUUUCGGCCCAUGGAGAGAGCUGUGAUCCGACAGUGGGCCCCCAUAUCAAGGCACCGCGCGAGAGGGGCUUUCAGUGGUGACGGAAUUGACUGCCGUGGAGAUCGGCGGGCCGUUGGAGGACUGUGGCAUAGAACUCAAUUGCCAGCUAGCACGACUCGGGUUUGGGACAAGACCAGGGGGGCUUGGUUAGUUCCAUUGUCAUUUUUGACCUUAUAUCGACUAUGCCCCAGAGAUUUUUGGGCCAGCGAGCUUUGCAUUCUUACAGCUAUGCGUUGUUGUACGCAGCGGGAGCGGACGAGUGGGAGUGGACCUGCAUUAAGGUAUCCGUGGAUAAGGUACUUCGGUUUCGGCCGGACAAUGUGCGUCAAUGUCCUUGUCAUGGCCGCUUAUGUAAGACGACCAACGACAUGGCAACUUGCUCAACGUCGAUUUGACCUUAAUGACGUUUAUUCUACCUUAAUCCAUUCCCAGCUUGUCCUCGGCGUCAUAUUCCACUCAGUUUUCCCAUUAGUCAUACGAAUCUUGGUGCUCGUCAAACGGAAGGAAGGAAACAUCGCUGUCUCUGAGCGUUAACACCUUCGAGGAAUCUUGAACAUACCUUGGCAUCAUCGGAGAAAUACCUUACCCCUUGCAGCGGGAACGGAACCGCUUAAGUUAGCCUCAUGCAGGCAC